GCGGGGCCGCGGGCGGGGCGGGGCGGGGGUGGGCGCGGGGGGAGCGGCGCCUGUUGCCCCGAGAGAGUUAACGGUGCGGGCAAAGUCGCUCGCCUCUCCUCCGCCCGUGCUCUGGUUGCGCCUGGCAACCGGGGCGCCGCGCAUGUGGGACCGCCGGGGGCCGCCGCCCCCCCGCCGGGCCCCGCGCCCCCCUCCCCGCCCCGGACGAGGCGCUUAACGUGCCCAGGCGUGAAGUAUGGCAUGCAAAGAUGGUUUCUGCCAAGGAGCCAGUCAUCGCCAUGUCCUCGGGUCUCUCCAUCGCCCUCCUGCACUGCCUGUGCCUGGCGACGUGUCUCACCGGGCCGCCCGGGCAGAGCAAAAAAGAGGAGAAAUUGUGGCCGGAGAAUUUCACCAGUAUCCUGAACAGCCUCCUGGAUGGCUAUGACAACCGGCUGCGACCGGGAUUCGGGGGUCCUGUUACUGAAGUCAAAACAGAUAUAUAUGUCACCAGUUUUGGACCGGUUUCUGAUGUAGAAAUGGAAUAUACGAUGGAUGUCUUCUUUCGUCAGACAUGGGUAGAUAAAAGAUUAAAAUAUGAUGGCCCUAUUGAAAUUUUAAGACUUAACAACUUGAUGGUCUCGAAGGUGUGGACUCCUGACACUUUCUUCAGGAAUGGAAAAAAGUCUGUUGCACAUAAUAUGACAGCCCCAAAUAAACUCUUCAGAAUAAUGAGAAAUGGCACCAUCCUGUACACAAUGAGGCUUACAAUAAGUGCAGAGUGUCCCAUGAGAUUAGUGGAUUUUCCCAUGGAUGGUCAUGCUUGUCCUCUCAAAUUUGGGAGUUAUGCUUAUCCAAAGAGUGAAAUGAUUUAUACGUGGACAAAAGGACCUGAGAAGUCAGUGGAAGUUCCUGAGGAGUCUUCCAGUUUAGUUCAGUAUGACCUGCUUGGGCAUACGGUAUCCUCUGAAACUAUUAAAUCUAUUACAGGUGAAUAUAUUGUUAUGACAGUUUAUUUCCACCUCAGACGGAAAAUGGGUUAUUUCAUGAUUCAAACCUAUAUCCCAUGCAUUAUGACUGUGAUCCUCUCUCAAGUUUCAUUUUGGAUAAAUAAGGAAUCCGUUCCAGCUAGAACUGUUUUUGGAAUAACCACAGUGUUGACAAUGACGACACUGAGCAUCAGUGCAAGACAUUCACUGCCAAAAGUAUCCUAUGCUACUGCCAUGGACUGGUUCAUCGCGGUUUGCUUUGCCUUUGUAUUCUCUGCUCUUAUUGAGUUCGCUGCUGUCAAUUAUUUUACUAACAUUCAAAUGGAAAAAGCCAAAAGGAAGACAGUAAAGUCCCUUCUUGAAUUUCCAGUUGCUCCAGUACAAAGAAAAAGAAGUACAGAAGAGACGCUCACGAUACCCUUCCAGAAGGAAGUUCAAGAGUUAUUAGUAUUUCUCUUUAAUGCAGAGAAGAAAGACAGAGGUCAAGUCCCACUCUCAAAAAGUACAGAUGCCAAUUCAAAUGUGAGGAAAAGAACAAAUGCCACGGUACAGUCCGAAGCUGAUGGUGGGAGCCGAAUUGACACAAGGCACAGCUCCAUCCAGCCUCCCUCUGUAGCUCAGGGGUCUUCUGACAUUACACCCCACUCCCUUUCUGCAUCAAGUCCCAACCCCUUCACACGCAUCAAUGCAUCAGAGACAUUAUCUUCUGCAAGAGCUACCCCUCCAGCUCCUCCUUCUACCCCAAUUUUAACUGGAUUUGUAUCCCAGCAUGCCAAAGCUGGAUCCCCUUCCAUUCAGCACUUGCUUGGAUCUAGACUGGAGCAGAUUCAGACCACCACACCUAAUACAUUAGGAGCAUCUGCAAAGCCAUCUGCUGUCACACCACCUGCUCCCCCCGCCUCCCACUCUGGCACGAGUAAGAUAGACAAAUAUGCACGCAUUUUAUUUCCUGUUACGUUUGGAGCAUUUAACAUGGUCUACUGGGUGGUGUAUCUAUCCAAGGAUACCAUGGAAAAAUCGGAAAGUCUAAUGUAGUUUUGCUGCUAUGUAGUAGUUCCUAAAUUAUACUCACAUUUGAUGCAUAGUUUCUUCUUUUGAAACUAUUUAAAAAGGUCAGUAAUUCUUAUUUAUAAAAGCUGUGUGCUACUUUCCCGUUGUAAAGGCUGGAGCUAUUGGGGAUAAUUAGUUAGCUCUUACCAGAGUACUGGGUAACAGUAAUGGGUCUCCCUCCCUUCAAUUAGGAACGAGCCAUCACUCCUUCAGACAAACUACUCUGGAUGUACAGAACUUGUCUUUGGGAGGAACAUGCACCCGAAAAAAUCAGAGGCAGAGGUGCACAGCUGUGCAGUGGAGCACAUCUGACUGCUAGAAAUAUGCACGUUGGCUAUUACAAAUCCCUGAGGCACCCAGCACUGCUGUCUGGACACAGCAUUGCAUUCUCUGAGUGCAAGGUCCAUGUCCUGAAUAUUUUGACAGUGCUUGCUAGAAAAGGACUGUCCCUGCUAGAUUAAAAUUGGCAGAAUGGGGGGAAGAAAAUGAGAAGUGGAAAAAGAAAAGAGAGUCCAGCCUGGGAAAGUGCAACUCUGGGAAAGUUAUGCAAAGGAGUUGUAGAGCUCCAUAUAUUUUUACUAAGCAUUAUUUUGCAUUGUAACUCACUCCAAAAUAAUAAUUGAACCUCAUAAAAUCUGAAAUCUGAUGUAAUUCUCAAAAUUGGAUUUUCUAGUUUGGUAAGGUGAUCUUAACUGUGUGAUUCUUCUUUGACCUUUCUGACCAGCCUGAGUGGAUUUAUUCCUAAAUUACAUCCUUUGUAGUAGAUGAGGACCAGAUCUGCAAUGUUGAACUUUUAAUUUGAAUUCUUUGUUUUUUCUUUGGAUGUUUUGGGGUUUGUUUUUUUUUUUCUUCUCCCCCUCCACCCUCCCAUAUUUUUCAAUUACAUUCUUGAUUUCCUUUGAACACAUAUUCUGCCCCUACUUCAUGUAAUGUUUAUGUCAAGUUAAAUUUUCAACAUAGUUUUAAAAGUGUUCAAAAUUAAGCAAAAAAAAAAAAAAAAAAAAGUCCCGUGCUUUGAUGAGUGGGGCUAUGGCUUGUCAAUGUGUGAAUGAAAGACACUCUUUUUGUGAAGGACUAUUGUGACAUAAAUAAGAAAAUAAAGUUUCUAGGUGGAACCCAGGGAAAAUUUAUCAUCCAUUUGUUUAUUUUAAACUAUGGCAUAGAUAGGCACUUUUCUUAGCAUCUCAAUAUGCAAUGUGCAAGCUGGGGAGUUUAUUAAAAAAUCAAAUAGUUAAACCUGGUAGAAGUCUUGAUCAUAAAUGUUGUUUUCACUGGAACGGGUGGAAGAUACGCUGUUAAUAUGUAUAAAUAUGUUUGUACAGAUCAUCUGGCUAGGCAAAUGGUUAGUGUUUCUGUGCAGAUGACAGGUGAAAAUCAAAGGCCAAAUUCUCAGCUGUGAUCUGGCUGUGUCUUUAAAGGGUCUGGACUAAACCUUAGCUUCAGUUGAUUGGAGCAGCAGAUUGGUAGCCUAUGGUCAAAGUCAAAUGCUGCAGGGCAGAUCAGGUGAGUGUUAAGUGUUUCUGUGCCCAGACACUGAUCAAAUGACUGGUGGAGACCACAAGUAAGUGGGAUAACUGAGGGCAUUUUGAGACUGCCCUACACUACACUGGGACAAGAGUCAGAAUAAAAAGAACCCAUAAUGGUGAAACUAGGACUGUGCCCCAUCUGUCUAUUAAACUAUGACUGUUCUGGCUCUCCGAGCCUUUUAGCCAUCUCAUGGCUGAGAAUCUGACCUUUAACUUACGGGACCUGGGAGGUGGCAAGAGAUCCCAGGCUGCUCUUUCCUGUGUAACAUUGGACUGUAGAUGAUAAAAUGCAGAGGAUGUGGGAGUGUCUUAUGUGACUUUAAUGUACUGAUGAUAUAAACAAUUGCCUUAGUCUUUUUUUCACUUAAGGGAUGCUCUCAAAAGGCCAGGUUUAGUCCUUUCUUUUUUUGUCUUUUACAUCUAGAAGAUGUUUGAGCACUCUUUGAAAACCAUUACAUGCAACAUACCACAGAAUUGGAAAUGGAGUACCGAUGCAAGAUGUCUAACUUCAGUAAUUUGUGUCUUUGGAUGUACUGCUAGUUGCUGUAGGUGUGUCCUCUCUGAUAAGGUCAAAUUGUUACAGUUUGUGAGAAUAGAUGAUAGUAUGCAAGAGACUGAUUAUUUAUUUUGUUAAAUCAGAAGAAACAAAGCUAAUCCUCUGGCAAUUAUUGAUUAUAAUUAUACAGAUGAUAAAAUAUUUCUAGCAUGAAGAAUGAUGACCUUCUGUGUGGAGAACCUAGUGUGUGCAGCAGAAGUUACUGAAAUUACUGUUGGCUUUCCUCUGUGAUGAAAACCAAGUAUGUUUUCUCUCAGGCAGAGCUCUAAACAAUUAAUUAGAAACAGCUCUCUCUUCCUUCCACCCAUCCUGAUACACUGAUUUAUAAUCAGCUUUUUCUAGUGCAUUGUUCAGUGGGAUCAGCACUGGUUGAGGUUUAUCUAAAUGAGAUUUAUCUAAAUGUGCUACUUGAAUUCACUUAUAGUUUUAUUUUAAAGACUUAUAAGGAGGAAUAAGGAUUGCAAAAAUUAAUAGAUUACAAAUAUUUAUUUCUAUGCUUCAAUUUUGGAAGAAGUUUUUAAGGAUACCACUAAAAAAAAAAACAAAACCCAAACAAUUACCUAUUUUAAAUCUGACAGUGUAUUUUUGAAGUACUUUACAACACUUCCAUGCAUACAUUGAAAAUGAAACACAUUAAAAAAGUCAUUAUGAGUCUAGGACUCAUCUGUUGAACUGUACUACAUUUUUAUGUUGCAGCAUAUAAAGACAUUACUGUAAUUGCCUUUCCAAAGUACAUAUGGACAAUGUAAAUAGGAUUUUAUUGUUAACAGUGGUUCUUCCUUAUAUUUAAUCUUCUUGUAGAGGGAUCAGAAACAGUAAAGAGCCUGUAGUAUACUCAGUGAUGCUGUAACACAGAAUCACACACACACAAAAAAAGUGGGAAUAUGCUAAAUAUAGUGGCCCAAAUGUUCAGAACUGCUAA